GAUUAUCGAUCCGUGAAAUAGUCGCAGAAAAUUCGAUCAAUAAAGAGACCAGUACAGGUGAAGGUAGAGCAAGUAUCAAGAAAACAUGGCUGCUAUGCUGUUAAAGAGUUUGCACACUUUGGAAUCGUUGGACGAACCAACUGCAAAAUGGAGCGUCCCCUUAAGCGAUGGAAAUCACGUGAUAGAAUUCGAACAUGGUACGGCGACGGGUCGUCGAUUGGUGAAGGUUGAUGGCGAAAAGAUAAUUUACAGAGAUUGGAUGUUUCAUUUAGUUGGAGACGAAGUUUUCACUUUCAACGAUAAUAAAUUCGUAAUUAGGAUCGAUCCAAUCCGAGGUUUGAAAUAUUCUUACUCAUUAUGGGUGAAUGGGAAGCCUUACAAAAGCUUUGUGCGAUCGCAGUCGAAAAUCUUGGAAACCUGGUUGGCUAAUGUUAGAAAUGAAGAAUAUAGAAUAGUUCUAGAUAAACAAACUCAAAACGUUUGGGUGAAUGGCCAACAGACUGAGACUGAGAAUGAAUUUACCGAUGACGGUGCAGAAAUUUUAUUUACGGUAGGAGAUCUCCCAGCAUCGAUUAGAACUUACAGUUCUGGUCAGAAAAAUAUUGGAAUAACAUACUCUUUAUGCAUCGACGAGAUAGAAAUUGGAAAGGAAACGCUUCUUGAAGAAGAUGCAGACAUGUAGCACAAUAUAUGAUGGAUUAUUUCUACACUAUGUUUUUGUUGUUUCACGUACCACAGAAGUUGGUUACACUUUGUACAUACGAAUCACCGUGCAUUAAAAUCACUGUAUUCAAAUUUUACAAUUAAACGUUUGAACAUAGCAAAAGAAAAAAGAAUCUUCUUCUUGAGUUCGAUUCAGGCCACGAAAGGAAGAGAAAAAUUCUAACCUCAAAUCCUCAUCCUACAUUCUUGUUAUUUAUUUAAUAAAUGAAUUGUUGAUCACAAUGUCGAUGCGGGAGAGUAUAUUCAGUAUCGGAUCCCGAAUGAUCCAGAGACACGACGAUGACAUAAGUUUCGAUGGUGCAUGUCAACCAACGUUCUCCACUUUUAAUCUGAACGAUUACAACUCUCUUAAUCUUCGAUUAUAGUUAUGAAUCUUGAUGACUUGCAUCAAACGCACAGUGACCUCUUGCAAGAAAUCUGGAUGUUGACCCUAGAAAACGACAUGUAUGAGCGGUACCUGAGUCGACAAGAUCCUCACGGUCUCAAAAGUAAAGAGUAGUAUCUCUAUAAAUCUUUGUUAAUUUAAACUAAAUUUCAAAUUGAG